UAAUUGGGUAAUUACUACUGAAAGUAGCAAGAUGGCAGCAAACCCUCCAGGUCAAGCGGCUCUUGUACACUGAAUUUGGCUCUUGGUUGCCAAGCUGUGCAUCUGGGAGCAUACUGAAGGUCCAAAGAGGCACAGUUCUGCAAGUGAGAACAAAAGAUGAGAGGAGAUCUUAGCCAUCAAGAAUAGAUAACAAGAGCUCGAGACCAUAAAGAAACACAAAACAAAGACUGGUGCUGCUGCUGCUGAUGAUAUACUCAUGCACAAAGCUGGGAACAAAGAAGGUUUUCAGAAUAAAAAUAGGGUUGCAAUCUUGGCAGAACUAGACAAGGAGAAGAGAAAAUUACUUAUGCAAAACCAGUCUUCCACAAAUCACCCUGGAGCCAGAGUUCUGCAGCCAUUCUGCCAAACAUCUGAUCUUCCCAUCAUGAAGAAUAUGGACCCAUGCAUUGCACUUGCAAGAUCUUCCCUGAACAAGGAUUUCCGGGAUCAUGCGGAGCAGCAGCACAUAGCGGCACAGCAAAAAGCAGCAUUACAGCAUGCACAUGCACAUUCUUCAGGAUAUUUCAUAACCCAAGACUCUGCAUUUGGAAAUCUUAUUCUUCCUGUCUUACCUCGACUAGAGUCGGAAUGAGGGCUGUUAUUUCUCAGAAUGAAGGAGAUGAAUAUGUUGUCCAUUGUCGAAGCUGCCAUCUUUCAGAACUACUUUAUAUGAUUUGGAAAACAGAUUGUGAGCUGUUUAAAAAACAACUGUUUUUUUUGUGUUUUUGUUUUUUUAAACAUUUGACCUUUUUAUUUUAAAAAAGCCUGUUUCAUUCUGGAUUCAUAUGCUUGUCUUCCAUGGUUGAGUCUGGCUUCACCUGAGAAGAGGUGCUGUAGAUUAUUAUGGAACUGACAGUAUUCUUCUUUACUUAAUUUCUUUUGUCAGCUCAGUCAGAGUAAUACUGUUUGCCUGACAUAUCAUUCCUACAUUAUAUUUUUCUGAUUUCCUCUCUUCUUUCAUUCAGUUGGAAGGAAGGACGCCCCACCCAGAAUUUGAGAGGUUUGUUCUAAU